GUGGGCCAAGAGGAAGGGAUAGAGAACGCCAGCAGGAGCAAAGCAAACACAGUGCUCUUGACUAUACACCACGAAACAGUUGAGGAGGGUCAGCACGAUUUGUUCAUUCCUUUUCAGCAGAGGUGGCCAGUCUUUCUUGGAGUAUAUACUAUCGGCUUAAGGUUUAGUCGGGAGGAACAAGAAGCGACACACACAGCGAACCAACACACUUGGAAACCCACUGCUUAAGCUAUUGAGUACCAUACGAUGGGGCUGCUAUCAUUAGGGACUCCGCUUCCUUGGGAACAGACAAGGGAGUACGCGGAGCACGUCCGCACUGAGGGUAUCGAACAGUUGAUCAAGAUGUUCAAGGCUGCAUAUGCAAGAACCGGUGAUGGCUAUCUAUGGGGAGACGAAGUGGAGUACACCCUGGUCAAGUUUGAUCAUGGUCGUGGUCUUGCUCUGCUGAGUAUCGAUAAGGACAGCGUAUUGGCUGAUCUCAACGAGGACGGACCACUGGCACAGCUGUCUGUGGACAAUGAUCUCAACUUCCACCCGGAAUAUGGCCGCUUCAUGCUGGAGGCCACACCGCUGGCUCCGUACAACGGUGAUUCGCUGGAGAACUACUUGUACGUGGAGAGGAACAUGAACAGCAGAAGAUCAGUGGCGCAGACUGCGAUUGCUGACGGCACCAUCAAGCCGUUGACCAUAACGGUGUACCCAUUGAUGGGCAUCAACACCUUCACCUUCCCAUCAGCGGUGGCUAACGGCGAGGCAUCACAAUCGCUGUUCUUACCGGAUGAGAUCAUCAACAGACAUGCGAGAUUCCCAACAUUGACGGCCAACAUUCGGAAACGCCGUGGUGAGAAGGUGGCCAUCAACGUACCGCUCUACAAGGAUACAAAUACGUUAUCCAUUGACGAGUCAAUUCCAAAGGGACGCUCCCUGUUCAAGCACGACGAAGAACCAGAGCUCGGUGCAGCACUGCCAGGGCAUAUAUACAUGGACUCCAUGGGAUUCGGUAUGGGAUGCUCAUGUCUACAAGUAACAGUGCAAGCACCAAACUUGAACAGAGCUCGUUACCUCUAUGAUUCAUGGGCUAAUUUUGCACCAUUGUUCCUAGCAUUGACGGCAGCAGCGCCAGUGUUCAAAGGCCACUUAGCUGACCAGGAUGUCAGAUGGAACGUCAUUUCUGGUGCUGUUGAUGAUCGUACUGCCUACGAACGUGAUGUUAAGCCUCUGCAUAGCGAUGGCGCAUUUGGUGGAAUGACAGACGAAGCCAAAGCUCGGGCUCAGAAGAUCCCUAAAUCUCGUUACGAUGGCAUCGAUUCUUUCCUUGGUGAUAUUCAGAACGAUUUCGCAAAAGAUGGGGAAGCAGUGUUCAAGUACUUCUCUCCAGAGUUGAACGACAUCAGCCCUCCAAUCAACGAGAGGACGCUACAGAGACUCGCACAGGAACCUCAGUUUGACCCUGUCCUUGCUCGUCACUUCGCACACUUGUACGUUCGUGAUCCAAUUGUGAUCUUCGAAGAACGUAUACACCAAGACAAUGACGAUGAAACGGAUCACUUUGAGAACAUUCAAUCCACCAAUUGGCAGACGUUGAGGUUCAAGCCACCAACUCAACAGGCAACACCGGAUAACAAAUCCGUUCCAGGAUGGAGAGUGGAAUUCAGAACAAUGGAGAUCCAGCUCACAGAUUUUGAGAAUGCUGCUUUCUCAAUCUUCAUUGUUCUCCUGGGACAGGCAAUACUUGCGACAGAUUCCAACUGGUACAUUCCAAUCUCCAAGAUUGAAGAUAACAUGAAACGUGCACAUCACAGGGACGCAGUAUUGAAGGACAAGUUCCAUUUCAAAGCUGAUAUCAACUCGCCAACAUUCGACACGGUGGAGCUGUCACUGGACGAGAUUGUCAAUGGCUGCGAUAGCUUUAUCGGAUUGAUGGCACUUGUGAAGAAGCACUUGGAAUCUCGCUUUGGAAUUACUGGUGACGACUUAUCGCCAAAGGGUACACACGCUAGGAUCUACUACUACUUGGAAUUGAUCUCCAAGAGAGCCAGUGGCGAGCUACCAACUGCUGCUAAAUUCAUAAGAAGGUUCUUGCUCGACCAUAAGGACUAUCAACACGACUCCAAAAUAACUGCUAGAAUGAAUUACGAUUUGUUGAACAAGUUGAAUAGCAUUUCAGAACUUGGUGAAGAUGUUAGACAGUUGUUGGGUGAUGACAUUGGCAACUACUUGAUAAACAACCCAAAGGCUUAA